UUGUCUUACGAUCGAAUACAUGGACAAUGGAAAUACUUCGAGAUUAUAUCAGAGAAAAAUCAUCACGCAAUAACAUCUGAGCUCCGUCUCAGAUGGGCCAAGCAAGCAGCUGAAGGACUUCAAAUCCUUCAUUCUGUUGAUGUUGUUCACUGUGAUGUCUCGCCAAGAAACUUCUUGUUAGACUCUGGCCUUAAUCUGAAGAUCUCCGACUUUGCUGGUGCUUCUCUGUCCGGUUCAGAGCCGUCUGCAUAUUCAGCAACUCGAUUUUCGACAUCCAGAUUGCAACUGGGAUGUUACUCCCCGUUUUGA